AUGGCCGACAGCAGCAGCAGCAGCCUCGGGGCCAUCCAGGCCGCCUUCAGCCCACGCAUCGCCCUCUUCCCCAGCAGCCAGGCCGAGCAGCACAUCUGCACGCCCAACAACAUCAGCCACUUCCACAGCCUGCUCGACCCCUUCCACAUCAUCCCCCGAGUCACCGUCCGCCACGCAAACUACGCCACAGCCACCCUCGACGCACUCGCACUCUCCUUCACCCAGAACCAGCCCGAGCAGCCAUUCACCACCCCGCACACCAUCCCCAAACCAUCCGACCAGCCCACGAGCCCCGCCAGGCCACCCCCAGCCACCCGCAUCCGCAUCAAGCACGACCACCACUGGCUCGGGCCAGCCGAGGAGGAGGAGGCCGACUACCCCCAGCCCCCCACGCCCUGGUACAGCGCAUUCCUCGCCCGCCUCCUCGCCCACCGCCCCCUCCUCCCACACGACCACGCCUCACACCCCCUCGCAGCCAUCCUCAUCGCAUCCACCAGCCACCCCGACCCGCUCCAGGAAUUCGCAGCCCUCCACCAGCGCGCCGCCAGGGACGGCCCCGGCUGGCCAUCCCACCACGAAUGGCUCGAAACGGGCACCAUCCUGCGCUACUACCUGCUCAUCCACCCGAUCUCCCCAGAAGAACCCGACGGAGGCGUCCCCCGCGCCGCCGGCCUGCUCGACGCCCUCAAGCGCAUCUACGGCCUCAACUGCGGCCUGCUCUGCUUCAACUCCGAAAACACCGAGUGGCUGCGCAGGAAACGGAUCGUCGACCACCCGCCCGGCGACCCCCAGCCCAGCCCCACCACGCAGCACGACUACUGGGCCCAGAACAACGGCGCCGGCCAGCUCAUCUCCCACGAGGACAUCCUCGCCCUCAAGCUCCUCCUGCGCGAGUUCACCCUCCAGAGCCUGAUUCCCCACAUCGAGCGCUGUGUCCAGCAGUGGAACGACAGCUUGGCCGCUAACAGGAAGGGAAUCACCGGCCGGCUGUUCAGCGCCGGCUACAAAUACUUCUCCAAGGCGCCCGACUCCUCAUCCACCCCCGAGCACCGCUACAACCCCACCACCUGCUCGUAUCCCCACCAAAGCCAAGAAGCCCAAACCCGCCGUCUGGCCGACUUCUCAUUCAUGCUAGGCGACUACAAGUUUGCCAGCCAGAUGUACGACUAUCUGCGCAAGGACGCGUUCAACGACCAAGCCUGGCCGUACUACUCGUCGGCCACCCAAAUGAUCGGCCUCUGCACCCUGCUACAGUCCUCCUUCAGCCAACGCUCCAAACUCGACAUCGAUCUCCAGCGCUUCCUGUUCGACCAUACUCAACCCACCGCGUCCAUCAGCCAUCUCAGGAUCGUCAUGAUCUACUACGAGAUGGCCAAGUCCUUCGGGAACCCCAGCCUGAUGGCCAGCUCAUUGAUCCGCGUCGCCACCACUGGACAGUACGACGACCUGACCUCGGGCCUGAUUUACGAACAAGUAGCCCGGAUCGUCCCGCCCCGCCAGGCGGCGCUUUACUCCAUCCUGGCCGCCCAUCGCUACGCGUCAGCCGAGCAGAACUGGCUCUCGAAGGUCUGCCUCCAACAGGCGCCCCAGUUCGUCGGCUGGGCGCGGAUCGAAGACUACGUCGACCACAAGAUGGCCCUCAUGGCUGAGCUCGACGCCGAUUGGCCCGCGGCGCUCGUCCGCUACUGGAACGUGCUUCGGCGGAGGAUCCUCUCGGGCGCUGGUGAUGCGGACGAUGAUGAGCUCUAUCUCGACAAAUUCAGAGCGCUGUAUCCAAGGGCUAUCGAGGCCAAUCCGUCCCUGGAACUUCCAAGGAUCGAGGAUAUCUCCCUGUUCGACGUCGAGCGCUGCAAGAUCCGUGUGCCCCACCAGAACCAUCUUCGGGCGUAUCCAGACAUCGAUCCGGCCGUGUGGGAAGAGCUCGGUGCCCGCUGCCCGGGCACCCCUGGCGUGACCAACACACCCAACGAGCCCAGCACGGCGGUCGUCAAUGAGCCUUUCUAUCUCGACUUGCGAGUCCGAAACCCGCUACAAACUUCGAUCCAUGUCACCCAGAUCCAGAUCCAGGUAGCCGACCCCUCCUCUGAUCCUUCAUCAAACCUCGAAAUAGAUCCCGUCGACGACCUCGAACUUCUCCCCCUCGAAAGCCGCGAAGUUUCAGUGAAGCUGGUAUGCAAGCAAGCCGCGAUCAGGGUCGAAAUAACAGAUGUGAAGUUCAGAUUUGAUUCGUUGGUUGAGUGUUCGCAAGGGAUGAAGAAGAAAGGGAAGCGUCUGCAAGCGACGCUGGCCCAGCGGCUGGGACGGGAGUACACGAACGACCAAUCGAUGGUAGUCCGUGUGCGGAAGGAGGUGCCGAUCGUUGAGAUCAUCGGCGCGGGCAGCCUCCCGAUGACGAUCUAUGACGGCGAGAGCUGUAUCUCCAGGAUCUCGAUCCGCAACACCGGCCUCGUCGGGUUGACGCACUUGCAGGCGGUCGUCAGCCACGCCUGCCUCUUCCGCUUCUGCGCAGACCCGCAGCCGCUCAGCGCCGUUCUCUACGAGACGUCGGGCGAUGAUCCGGGGCCCGAUCCGCUCGUGAUCGAGGUCCCGAACCACGUGCUCCCCGAACCGCCCGCCCUGUUGGCGCAGGAUCUCAAGGAGGGGCAAGCCGUGGACGCGGCGCUCGUGUGUCGCGGGGAGGGCGUAGGCCACCACGCCACGUGCUGGCUGUUCGUCUUCCGCCAUGCUACUUCGGGAGAGCUCUUGAGCUUCCGCCAUGUCCAGUACCUCUCCGUCCUGCCCUCGUUGUCGAUCAAGCCGGCCAUUCGACCCAGCCUCACGCCGGAUGCCUUCUACCUUUUGACCCUCGAGCUCGACUGUCUGGCGCUUCCCGAAGACAUCGAGAUCUACCAAGUGUCGAUGAUCAGCACGCACUGGACGAGCAAAUGGCUCAAUGGUACUCCGGGCUCCCCCGCCCUCCUCCGGCUCCCGAAGGGCGCCUCGUCCGUCACCCUGGCCUUCGAGAUCCAUCCCCGCACCGACGCCGUCCAGGACGACCCCACCACACACACGAUGCUCGAGCAGCUCGCGAAACUGCUCAAGAAGGAGCCCUUGGACGAGGCUCCAAUGGCCCGCUCCUCGGUCCGUCCGCUCGUCUCGUUGGCCCAUCCGAUCGCCCAGCCAUGUGUCAGACUGGACGCGCCGACCCUUCUGGACACGAUCCUGACCUCGGACCGCGCGGCGCGGCGGAAAGCUCUGGCGAGCCACUUCACGAGUCUAAGCGGAGCGCAGAUCGGCUCGAUCUUCCCCUGGACGACGGCGGGGAGUGCGUCGAUGGUGGUCUUCUGGCGGGCGACAGGGACGGGCAAGCAGGGCCACCACCAGCUGUCCGGGCUGCGUCUCGGCGCGUCGCUCGACCGGCUCCAUGCCACGCUCGCGCGCGGCGCCGGGACGGCCGGCGGGAUGUAUCGCGAGACCCAGGUGCUUCACAAAACGCUCCUCGCACAGCUCCGCGCCUCCGAGUUCGGCGCCUCCCAGGACCCCGUCGCCGUCCAUGUCUCGCUUGCACACCCCGUCGCCGAGUGGGACUUCGCGACUGCCGGGCCGACGACCGUCCCGGUGACGUUCACGCUCAAGAACCAGUCCCCGACGCGCCCCGCCGCGUACGAGCUAGGGGACGUGGAGAAGACCUGGACCUCGUUCGGACGCCCGGUGGUGUGCUCGGUCGCGGCCGCCGGCGCGGGGGUCCUGGCUCCCGAUCCUGCUCCCGAUCCUGCUCCCGAUCCUGCUGCCGAUCUUGCUGCCGAUCCUGCUGCCGAUGCUGCUCCCGAUCCUGCUGCCGAUCCUGCUGCCGAUCCUGCUCCGGAUCCUGCUGCCGAUCCUGCUGCCGACGAUCCCGGCGCGGGGGCGGGGGACACUCCUGGCUCUCCUCCGAUCGGCGCCCCGCAUCCUCCGGGCGCCCCCCCGCCUCGUCUCGACACCUGA